CUGCUUGGUAUUUGUAAAACUUGUAUGGAAGCAUUCUUAGGCACACUUUGUAUCAAUUCCAAAUGCAAGCUGUGAUUUCUGCUGCAUAUGACAAAAAAAUGAUGCAGGAAGCUCGAGCUGCUGGCUGUCGAACAGCUGGUGAGGCCCAAGGAUUUAUUGAGCAGAAGAGAAAGAAGGAAGCUGAAGAAAAUGCCCAGAGAGCGAAGGAAAGUAUGCAAGCAGGCCCAGCAGGUAAACUGUUGCCAAAGCCAAAUCAUCUUGACAGCAGCCCUCAUGGAGCUGUCAAGUGUUCCACCAUUUUUCAUCCUGGUGGCAAUGACUCAUCUCCAAUGAUUGCAAAACAAGCCAUUUCAAGCACCCUCGAUGAGUGGGAUAUUGCUGGAUUCCAAGGGGCUGAUUUGCUCUCUGAAUCUGAUAAGCGUCUUUGUUGUGAGUUGAGAAUACUACCUGCACACUAUCUCAACAUGCUACACAUAAUGUCAAUAGAGAUAACAAAGGGUACUGUUGCCAACAAAACCGAUGCUCAUAGCCUGUUCAAGGUGGAAUCAAGCAAAGUGGAUAGAGUAUAUGAUAUGUUAGUGAAAAAGGGGAUUGCUCAAGCAUGACUCUAGGUAUGACAUCUCCAUUUUUGUUGAUCUACUUACAUUGUUUGUGAAAGAGAAGCAGCGUCAUACCAAUAUAUUGUAUUACUCUCAUGUAAGAACGUAUUAUGACGAGGCAUUCUAUCAUAGAUAGUGUAGUGAUCUUUUGCAGUGUAAUUAGUAGUGGCUGAUCAAUGGAAGAAGAUACACGAUGGUGAUCUUGAUUGUUAAUCUUAGUCCCCUUGAAAACAGUAGAAUA